GACGAAAAGGGUCGACACUGUCGACUCAAGAAGGCCAGAAUUUUCGCUGUUUUUUUUCCGCGGACGACACGGGGCGAGAAUCACGCGGAAAACGCGGACGACGGACGCACAUUCUACGGAUGCGUGCUCGUAUGUACCGGGCCCGUGCCGGCGACGAACGCGCGGACUUCUCGCGGGUGAAGUGAAACACAUGUGUCGCGGUCGAGUGGUGUUUCCCAUUGCUGCGGACUGCUGCCCUGUCGUUCCGUCAUCGUGUCCGCUGCGUGAAAUCUUGCGUUCGCGCGACCGUGCGCGACCGCGAACGCAGGUACGCGCAACGACAGUCGACGCAUUCGUCCCCGCAGACGGUUACGAGGACGAUGCGCCGCGCUACGGCAGCAAAAUAGCGAGCAGAAGCGGAAGGCGGUAGUGCGUGGGUGGGUGGGUAUCUGGCAACUGCCAUCUCUCAUACACACCGGAUUUCUGCGGGUGCUCCGAUGCAAAUUGUCGCGGUCGAACUGAUACUAUCGCACCGUCCGAUACGACAUCGCCACAUCCAUACGGUCCGGGGUCGAUUAUCGUCGUAUGCGCAUGUUGUAUUUCUUGAGUACAAAAAAAAAUGUCGCCCCUCUGUCUGAAGUCUGUGGUGUUACUCUCACGUUGACCGCACCGCUGUGAUGACAUUAUGAACAAGCCAGCAACAGUUGUCACUGGAGAAUGACGUGUUCUUGCCUUUUUCAAGCUUUGCCAGCGAUUAAAUAAGCAAAUUUUAUGGCUAGGUCCAUCUGUGUGUCUGUCAGCCAUCAUGAUUCUCUGCGAAUCAUAACUGUGUUCCACAAUUUCUGAUGUCUUGCCUGAACAGUAUGAAUUUUGGCUAUUUGUCAAUAUGAUACAUGUGCCUCGGACUUUGUUAAUUACAGAUUCUUGUUUUGCUAAAAAAAAACCUUGGAGUAUAAGGAUAUUCUUCGCUGAAUCUGAACACUGCAAUAUUUUAAGUAUAUAGGUUUAAUUGUUCAACAGAAGGACAGCAGAAAACGCAAGUCCUCCUACCUUGUCAGACAUUGGAAAGCUGAAGUAUGAGAGGUCCAGUGGAGGAAAAUGGAUACCGAUAAAGUAUCAGCAUGCGUGAGAAGUCAGCAGAAUGUCAUGCUCACGCAGGUCACGUGAGGGGCACGACAGAGAUGUGCUCGCGUGAUCCACCUACAUUGCACCCGACCCUUGCCAAGGCAAACGGUAAAAAUUCAAGCCCCCAACCAGCUCAUCACACGGAGACACGUAUUGACAACAAUUUGCUACCGACUCCCGGAGGCCGCUUGAAGUUCUUCAAGGAUGGAAAAUUUAUCUUGGAACUGUCUCAUCGCAGAGAUGGCGAAAAGACCACGUGGUUUCCUGUGCCAAAGAAGACUUUUUGGCCACCUACUAGCACCAUCCCGAAUCGCCAAGAAAGCUCUACUUCCCUUAGUGUUUCUGACGAUAAUUCGUCGGUCCAAUCCAGUCCUUGGCAGAGAGAUCACUGCUGGAAGCAGACCCAUCCCCGACGUAGGAUAACCACGGAAUUUAAUUUCUUUUAUCAUCGAAAUCCGAAGACUCGCUUAUAUGUGCAUCCUCGCUUGAUGGCGAAGAAACGCAGGCGUCCGUUAGAUCCCAAGACUGCAGCUCUCACCUCAUCGACACGGAUCUAUCCGACAAAAGCGCUGCGUAAAUGGAACGGUACAUCGUCGUCCGGCAAAGUUCUGAGUGUGAUCAUCGAUAAAUUGGCGCGUCUACUGGAUCCUAACGUCGUGUCGCCUCGUAAGCGUAUAUUACGAGAGCUGGAGAGAGUCUCGCUGGAAGAUCAGGCGUCCAAGAGGCGAGCCACUCCGCAACCGGUUUGUACAACGAGUGCGCCACCGACUCCUUCCUCGAAGCAACUCUCAUCGUACAGUAUAACGAGUAUCUUGGGAGAGGAUAAGCCGAGUUCCGAGCAAGGCUUCUUGAGGACGUUGCUGAAGCCGGACGACCGGCAACCUGUGAAAUACUCAUCGAGUAACGCCUAUCCAAGGGUGCGAAUCGACCCUUACAUUGGAGCCAGCAAUACAUCUGUUCAUCAUCCGCUUCAUUAUGCAAUGCCGAUGCUGGCCCCUGGGCCGUACAGGGCGACACCCUUAUGGAUGACGACCCAUUAUCCACCUCCCGUCCACUAUGCGCCUCCUAUGCAAUUGUACGCACCGCAGCAUCCUCAUCCGUCGCCUCCACAUUAUAAAGACUACAGGGAACAAACUCUCACACCUCCUUCAGAUAUGCCUCUAAAUCUGUCGAAGCAUGCGGGUUGAAUCUCAGGAUCCCAAUAGAGUUGGUGCCUUAUCAAUGGAUAAAACAGUAUGCAAACACUGCCCGUGCAACGACAAUGCGAUAUAUUAGUAUUUUUUUAUUCAUAAAACAAUAGUAUCUUAGUAAGUAGAGAUACAAGAUGAAGCCAGACAGUUGGAUUCUGGGAGAGUUAUACUUGUACAUACAAAUGCAUAAAUUGUCGAUGGCGGCAUAGGUAUUUUAUAUUAAUAUUACAAGAUUUGAAAAAGAAAAAAAAUCGUGAGUGGUAAAAUAUACAAAACGUUACGAGUAAAAAUGCCACUGCAAGUGUGUGUUACACAUAUUUUUAUCGCAUACGAUUUAUGAAUGAAGCUGCAUUAAAAAAGUACAGAUGAAAAAUAUUAAUGGAAUCGGCUGCGCAAAUUUUCAUUAUUUAAGACGAUCUUAAAUUUAUAUAUUUAAAUUUAUAUAUUGUCAAUAUGAAAUUGUAUUAGCAACGGAUGUGCUGGUGAUAUUGCAUUCACGCGUUUUAUUUUCAACAUUAUUACUCAUGUUUUGUAUGUUCUGAUGAAGAUGAGUGAGCACAUGUAAACCUGUACAUGAGCAGGUCUCAUCCUGUGCAUCUCAUUUAUGCAUUUUUCCGUUAUUCUCUAUAAACUGUCAUUUAUUAUCAUUAAUAAAAAUGGUACAUUAUCUAUCUUAAAAGAAUCGAUAAGAAAGACAUAGGAUUAUGUACAGAACAGAUUAUUGCCUCUAUAUCUAGCAUAUUAAUUAUUCUUAAAAAUAAAAAUGCAUAAUAAAUUUAGGCUCUAAUAGAAUAUAUAUAUUAUAUAUAUAUAUAUCCACAACAGUAUACAGUUAUUUAUAUGAUAUAAACAGUGAAAACACACAAAAUUACUUUUAGCAAAGACCGUGGGGUGUGCCUUACAAAUAAUUAUCGAAAUUCCAUGAAAUUAAAUUAAAUUAUGAACAUUCUUACAGAUGUGUAUUAUUAUAAAAGAAAGGCACUAUAAUGUAUAUAAUAAAUAUAUGUUUAUGUUAUGUAUUUGCAUCAAAUCGACAUUUAUUCGUUACUCUAUUUAUUAUUAGUCAGGUCGCGUUAAAGAACAUUUCACGGAAAACAAGGCAAGCUCGCACAGGUUCUACAAAUUAGUGGAGUAAUUUUAAUUAUUCAACAUACAUGCUCUUUAACAAUUUCAGAACAGAAUGAAGAAGUAUAUGACUGCGCAUUAGCAAUUGUAUAGAAAGACUAAUUUCGUAAAUAUAAAUAUUUCAUAUACUA